AGCAGGCGGCGACUUUACACGGAAAGAGCUGUUAUUGCUCCAGACACAGCUUAAAAAGGUGCGCUGGGGAGAAAAGGAAGCCCCUCUGUGACAUAGGCAAAGGGGAGGGCGAAGGGGGGAUUUGAACCCAUGAACUGAGUGCAACUAUGGCUUAGCUGAGCCAGUAGGAUACCGUCCUGUCUGAACAAGCCAGCGCUAGCUCCUAGCCCCCCCCCCCACAAGUUUCACUUGGCCCUGUAGAAUUUGGGGGGCUCAGGACAAAGGAACCGGGAGCUGGCGGCCCUCGGACCAUCGGAAACCUGCUGCCUCCCAUUGCCCAGCGUGGAGCGGGAGAGAGGGGCUGCUGGGUGGUCCUGAAGAAUCAGCAGCGGGGGGCAGCGCACAAACCCGCCCCCAGCAUCUUCCUAGGAGAUCCGGGCGCUGGAGAUUAGCUAUGAGCCAUCUCCCUGCACCUAGAUCUUGACCCCGCUGAGAAUCGAGUGCCCGCCGUUGCCCUGCAGCCAUGGAGGGGGGUAUGCAGCUCCUCAACCGGGAUGGCCACAGCAUCUCCCACAAUUCCAAGCGGCACUACCACGACGCCUUCGUGUGCAUGAACCGCAUGCGGCAGCGGGGCCUGCUGUGCGAUAUCGUGCUGCACGUGGGCACCAAGGAGAUCAAGGCCCACAAGGUGGUGCUGGCCUCUUGCAGCCCCUACUUCCACGCCAUGUUCACAAAUGAGAUGAGUGAAAGCCGCCAGACCCAUGUGACGCUGCACGACAUUGACCCGCAGGCCCUGGAUCAGCUGGUGCAAUAUGCUUACACUGCAGAGAUCGUGGUGGGUGAAGGGAACGUGCAGACGCUGCUUCCAGCCGCUAGCCUCCUCCAGCUCAACGGCGUGCGGGACGCCUGCUGCAAGUUCCUGCUGAGCCAGCUGGAUCCGUCCAACUGCCUGGGCAUCCGGGGCUUCGCCGACACGCACUCCUGCAGCGACCUGCUCAAGUCCGCCCACAAGUACGUCCUCCAGCACUUCGUGGAGGUGUCCAAGACAGAGGAGUUCAUGCUGCUGCCACUCAAGCAGGUGCUGGACCUCAUCUCUAGCGACAGCCUCAAUGUGCCAUCUGAGGAAGAGGUGUACCGGGCUGUGCUGAGCUGGGUCAAACACGACGUAGACAGCAGGAGGCAGCACGUCCCCAGGCUCAUGAAGUGCGUCCGGCUGCCCCUGCUGAGCCGGGACUUCCUGAUGAGCAACGUGGACACGGAGCUCCUGGUCCGGCACCACUCGGAGUGCAAGGACCUGCUGAUCGAGGCCCUCAAGUACCACCUCAUGCCGGAGCAGAGAGGAGUCCUCGGUAACAGCAGGACCCGGCCCCGGCGGUGCGAGGGGGCCAGCACCGUGCUCUUCGCCGUGGGUGGGGGGAGCUUAUUCGCCAUACAUGGAGACUGCGAAGCCUACGACACGCGGACGGAUCGGUGGCACAUGGUGGCCUCCAUGUCGACCCGGAGGGCCAGGGUGGGCGUUGCUGCCAUCGGAAACAAGCUGUACGCUGUGGGCGGUUAUGACGGGACCUCCGACCUGGCCACAGUGGAGUCGUACGACCCGGUUACCAACUCCUGGCAGCCGGAGGUGUCCAUGGGCACCAGGCGCAGUUGUCUGGGGGUGGCGGCGCUUCACGGGCUCCUCUAUGCAGCGGGGGGAUAUGACGGGGCCUCAUGUCUGAACAGCGCUGAGAGGUACGACCCCCUGACGGGCACCUGGACCUCGAUUGCCGCCAUGAGCACCAGGAGGCGAUAUGUCCGGGUGGCGACACUAGAUGGCAAUCUUUACGCCGUUGGGGGAUAUGAUAGCUCAUCCCACUUAGCCACAGUGGAGAAGUUUGAGCCGCAGGUCAACACAUGGACCCCCAUUGCCAACAUGCUGAGCCGGAGAAGCAGCGCCGGCGUGGCCGUGCUGGAGGGGAUGCUCUACGUGGCCGGCGGUAACGACGGGACCAGCUGCCUGAACUCUGUGGAGCGCUACAACCCAAAAACCAACACCUGGGAGAGCGUGGCCCCCAUGAACAUUCGGAGGAGCACCCACGACCUGGUGGCCAUGGACGGGUGGCUUUACGCGGUGGGCGGGAACGACGGGAGCUCCAGCCUCAACUCCAUCGAGAAGUACAAUCCCCGCACCAACAAGUGGGUGGCGGCCUCGUGCAUGUUCACGCGGCGGAGCAGCGUGGGGGUGGCGGUGCUGGAACUGCUCAACUUCCCGCCCCCCUCCUCGCCCACCCUCUCCGUCUCCUCGACGAGCCUUUGACAAAGAAUCCAGUAGUACCUUACCUCCAGCAGGCAGCCGCAUGGGGAGGAGCGCCAGGCCACCGUGGCCUGACCCCUGUAGCAGCCAGUCUCUGUAGACCGGAGUGGGGGGGGUCCCGGCUGCUGCCUCCAGCCCCAGCCCACAGCAAUUCCACGGGCCCCUGGAGGGCUCUGCCUCUCUUGGGGCACCCUUCAGUUGAGCGUGCUGAGGGUUGAAUGGAAAGGGGCACUUUCCAUUUAAGAGUCCCCUCUGCCGGCACAUACGGCGGGGGCAGCUCUCAGCUCCAUCCACAAACUUGCCCACGACUCAACUGACUUUUGGGGCCAGCCAUGCCCAGUCGAAACCAUUGCUGCUUUUAGGGUUUACCAUGCCCCGACGUGCUACACACUGGACAGCCACAUGAGGAAGGAUCCAAGCGGACAGGGAGCGCCGGGGGUGGGUGACUGACGCAUAUGGUGCUUCUCCAGGAAACCGCUGAAUGUACCACCGCUCCUUGGAAUGCUAUCUUAGCCAAACUCUCUGUCCUGAGCUCCAGCGCACUGUUAAAGCCUCCGAGACCGGCGCACGGCUCGCACGGGUGUCUGAUCGAUGCCUUAAAAACCACAGCCGGGGGAUGCGGCGGGGGAGAAGGCCACAAAACUGUGCGGAGCAUCCGAGUCCUUCGGCAUUUCCAUCCUCUGUGGACCCCGUCCCGCUCGCUGUCGGUCCUGAUUUGCCAUCGCAACGGAGGUCCCCCAGCCGACCAGAUGGAUUUAACGAGCUCACGGGCUCGGGUGCAGUUGCCGUCCCACUGUUACCAAUGACUAUGCUGCUGUCCCCUGCUCACGUGUCUGUGUCACUGUGUUAACCCGGCGGCUGGGAACAAUCCAGCCUACACACGGCUUCCCUGUCCACAAAGAAGGAUCUAGGCUUGGGCCAGGCCCUUGGUUCCCUAGAACAGUAUGACCCGGCAGGUGGCGCAGGCUGCAGGGUUGCACCGUGUUAUUUAUUUAAUGUGUCUCCCAUUUGUAUUUAUUGUACUAAUCUUUUCAUUUUAAUUCUUAUUAACUUUAUUAUUUUUUAAAUUAUUCUGGUGUUCCCCACCCCCUCCCGCCGACGUGAGAAGGGAUGAGAGGAACGAGCCAGCGACCUUUUUUUUAAAUGAUCUAUUGGACAAUGAUAUGGCCUAGAAGUAAGUGUGUGAGAGAGGCCAUAUGAACAGUGAAACCAGCAAAGAAGGAACCAUUUGCAACUAGCAACUCCCUGUCUUAAACUACCACUCUAGCGGUUGAAUCAUCUUGUACUGUAAUGCACAGGGUUGGCCGUAUAGACCCUCCUGUACCAUAGAACUUCAUGGGUGGUGGCUUAGGAUGUGUUUCACUGCAUAUGCCGUGCUCUGUGUGUGGUUUGCAUGAAGACAGGUUAACAGGUGUUCCCCAUGGUGUAUCGGAAUGGCUAAAGCAUGGAUACCUCAAAAGCACUGAGAGGCUGUUCUGUGACUGUUUGAUUAUCUGUUUUGCCCCCCUGAUUCUCUCUCUCCUCCCGACUUCAUCAUCCUUUAGAUUUCACUUGUGAAAAUACUCACUGACUUAUAUCUCCGGAAGUGAUCCGAGAUUUUUUGGUGCCCACGUUGAGACACUUUAGAAAGGGCCAGUUUUUUCCCCAAGACGGAUGCUUUGCAAGUUAAACAGGCCCAGCUCCAGAGCCUGAAGUUAGGUACCCAAAAUCACUAGCUGCCCUCCCCGCCCUCUACCCAAAGACAUGUUCUGGGCUUUUCAGGCUGAAGUAGAUUUUUAGGCUUUUAAAAUAGAUUUAAAAUCUCUCAAUCUUUUCAUUCCUUUCUGCUUGCCAAGUCCCCGAAGCAACCAGCCACCGUUCAAUGGCUGUCACAUUCCUGUGUGCUGCUGACAACGCCCUUUUGAUGUCCCGACGCCCUCGAUCCUGCGAUUGAAAUGAGCUCCCUGUUAGCACGGCAAGAGCAUCAACCUAUUCCGUGGCCACUGUGUUAGGUUAACUAGGUCACAAGACGCUAUCUUGCUCAAAGUAGUGGUGCAGUCGUGUGUGUGUACACGCCACCUCUUGCUCCCUUCUAGCUGUACCUGUCAGCCUCAGCAGGAUUCCCAGUUUCAAGCUAGCUCAUGUCAACCUGCACUCUCAAGACCCCAUCUGACGGCAGGAUCCUCUUCCAAGGAGGCAGAAGAGAACCCUAGGGAGGGAGCCCAAGAGCCAAGCCUAGAGCUCCAUGGGCAUUUCAGAGCUGCCAGCUGCUAUGACUUGGCAGAAGUCCUGGGGUUUCUGCUGUGGCCCAUGAGUAGGGCAAAGGGAAUGAGGGCACCAUAGGCCAAUCUCUUCCCCCUGCACCAAGGGAAAGAACCAGCUAGCGCCAGGGGAAGGGAAGUGGAGGGGCCAGGAAGGCAUUGCUGAGGGAGGGAAGUGGAUCUCGGUUAAAACAAUAGCUGCUAGUUUGAGAGCAAUGGCCCCACCCCUUCAGCUGGUGCUAGCAAUACUGCGGCGUGUGGGGGACGCUGCUGCUAAGUGCUGUCCUCAUCUGAAUCAAGGGGGCUUGGAGCUGAGAGGCUAGGUGGGCGAGGCAGGGAGCAGCGCAUCAGUGUGGAGGGGGCAGUCGCUGCACCCCAGUGGUGACGCAGUUCAGACCCAGUGGAGCCUUUGGAAAAAGCCGUGGCCUCAGUUGCAGAGGGCCACCGCUGCGCAGCGCUGGUGGAGGGUGCCUGCCACCCGCACAAGGAGUGACAAUCCAUGGCUGGAAUUGUGUGUGUGUGUGUGUGAGAGAGAGAGAGAGAGACAGAUCUGAGUGGGCAGAGGCGCUGUUAACUGUUUGUUUCUCCUUCCGUUUUACAUCCUGGUCUCAGACUAACACCCAGCAUUGUUACUAAGACAACAGCCCCGGGGAGGUAUUCCCAACAGGGCAGCAUUGCCGAGCAGCAGCCUGCCUUCUGGGUGGCAUAGGGCAGGGCUGCAGUGUGGGUUGCUGUGCAUCGCCCAGGGAGCGUAUCCUGCUGCCCCCCUGGAGCCUGCCCCAAGGGCAGAUGGGGAAGGGGAUUCUCUAGUCCCAGCCUGGUGAAGGGAUACGCUUGGCCUAGCUGCGAGGCCACUGAUUCACCCCCCUGUCCAAAUGUCAUUUUUAUUUAUGUCAGUUAUGAUUUAUUUAUGAGGAAUUUACUGUUCAUUUUUUUUCUCGAUUUUGCACUACACGCGGGGAACAAGCAAUACAAGCCAAUGUGUAAAAUAAAGAGGUUUUCUUGAUUACUGGA